UAUCAGUCGAGCAUUCACCCAGCAUUAGCCGGUUUCACAACAGCAUCAUAAAGCAGCUGCUCGGCCAUGGCACCACCGCCUGCGGUGCUCAGCUCCGGUGAGCUCGGCGCGCGAGGGCACACACGGCCGCACGUCGUGUUCGUCCCGAGCGCCGGCAUGGGCCACCUCCUCCAGUUCUUCCGCUUCAUCGGCGCGCUGUCCGCCCACGACGUCGACAUCUCCGUCGUCACCGUCUUCCCGACCGUGUCCGCCGCCGAGGCCGACCACUUCGCCGCCCUCUUCAGGGACUAUCCCAGCGUCCGCCGCCUCGACUUCGACCUGCUGCCGUUCGACGCGUCCGAGUUCCCCGGCGGCGACCCGUUCCUGCUCCGGUGGGAGGCCCUGCGCCGCUCCUUGCACCUCCUCGGCCCGGUCAUCGCCGGCGUCACCCCGCGCGUCACGGCCACCGUCACCGACGUCACGCUGGUGUCCCACGUCAACCCCAUCGCCAAGGACCUGGGCGUCCAGUGCCACGUGCUGUACGUCUCCUCCGCGGCCAUGAUGUCCCUCUGCUCCUACUUCCCUAUCUACCUCGACAACAAGGAUGCCGGGGCCGACGUCGGCGACGUCGACAUCCCCGGUGUGCGUCGCCUCAAGAGGUCCUGGCUGCCGCAGCCAUUGCUCGACCUGAACAAGCUCUUCACGAAGCAGUUCAUCGAGAACGGCCGGGAGAUGGUCAAGACCGACGGCGUUCUGAUCAACACGUUCGACGCGCUGGAGCCGGUGGCGCUCGCCGCCCUCCGCGACGGCAAGGUCGUCCGCGGGUUCCCGCCGGUGUUCGCCGUCGGCCCGCACAGCUCCCUGGCGAGCGAGGCGACGAAGGGCGCCGCCGCCGACGCAGAGGGGUCGCCGAUGGCAUGGCUCCGCCAGCAGCCGGCGCGGUCGGUGGUGUACGUCGCCUUCGGCAGCCGGUGCGCCGUGAGCCACGAGCAGAUCCGGGAGAUCGCGGCGGGGCUGGAGGCGAGCGGCUCCCGCUUCCUGUGGAUCCUCAAGACCACGGUGGUGGACCGCGACGACGACGCCGGCAUCCGCGACGUGCUCGGCGACGGGUUCCUGGAGCGCGUGCGGGGGCGCGGCGUGGUGACCAAGGCGUGGGUGGACCAGGACGCGGUGCUCAGGGACCCGGCGGUGGGCCUGUUCCUGAGCCACAGCGGGUGGAACUCGGUGAUCGAGGCGGCGACGGCCGGCGUGCCGCUGCUGGCGUGGCCGCGGGGCGGCGACCACCGCGUGGCGGCGACGGUGGUGGCGAGCAGCGGCGUCGGGGUGUGGAUGGAGCAGUGGAGCUGGGACGGGGAGGAGUGGGUGGUGAGCGGGGAGGAGAUAGGGGGGAAGGUGAAGGAGAUGAUGGCCGACGCCGGCGUGCGGGAGAAGGCGGCCAAGGUCGGCGAGGAGGUGGCCAAGGCGGUGGCCGUCGGCGGCACGAGCCACACGGGCAUCCUGGAUUUCGUCGCCAAGCUCAAGGCUGCAACUUAAGCAUUCUCUCUCGUGUUCGUCUGAGAAUAAAUAUCUACUGCUACAUAAUUCCUCCUUCAAUGUCACGUAUAAGUGUACAAGUGAAAGGAGGGAGUGUGAUAAAUAAAAGCACUCUCGUGUGUGCGGCUAUGCGUAGUUUGGGAUUGAAAAAGGCCAAUUUCCAAUUGGCACCACCAAAGCUCCUCCUUGUUCCCGGUUAGGAACAAAUUUGGUUGUUUUCAUUUUUCAGUUUGUUUCAGUUGUGUUGCAAAUCUAUUGUCUUGGAUUCUCCCCCAUCUUCU